AUGGUUUCACGUACGCAACGCUUCAUCCAAUUGCUUGGGCCAGAUUGGAUGUAUUGGUUUCCGGCGUGUAUAGUUGCAGGAGGUGCUUUCGAAUUUUUCAAGACAAAGUUCACAUUUAUGGGUGUCAACUACUAUACCGUAUUUCGGAAGAAACAGAUGCAACGACAACUGGACGAGUUUGAAAAUUGGCUCAAACAGAUGGACGACCUGUCGGCACAAGCUACAAAGUUCACAUUUAUGGGUGUCAACUACUAUACGGUAUUUCGGAAGAAACAGAUGCAGCGACAACUGGACGAGUUUGAAAAUUGGCUCAAACAGAUGGACGACCUAUCGGCACAAGCUGUACAACUGGCCGCACAGAACAAGAAGAGCUGA